AUGGAUCCAGCCGUGGCGUGGUUUCAGGAAGAGCAAGACGGACCAGCUAAGCGCAUCUGGCAGCAAAUCUGGGACACAUUUUCCGAAAUGGAUGGCAAUACGGCUGUGAGUACCUUAAUUGAGAGGCAACAGUCUAAAGGGGAGACACCCCAUGAGUCCAAUGGGGGCGCCGGUGGGGGCGGUGGUACUCUCGAGCGUAACUACUAUAAUCCAUCGAGGAGGAAAGCCGGUAGUACACUGGACAACAAAGCCAGUACCUACAAUAUGAACAAAUUCCAUGAGAGGCUCGUGGGAAAACACGGUGGAUGCCCAUGGCGCCCCCAUAAGUUCAUCUACGAACGAGGUGUAGCCGGCCUCCAUCAGGAAAUUGAGCAUUUCUUUUCACACAUGAUUCCCACAAACACCGAACAUGCGCUCAGAGUUUGUGUUGUCUCCAAGAUUGAAUGUGUUGUGCUGAGCCUCUGGCCAACGGCACGUGUUGAGGUGUUUGGAUCAUUCCGGACGGGACUGUAUUUGCCAACAAGUGAUAUUGAUCUCGUUGUAAUUGGGCAGUGGGAUAAAUUGCCACUGAGAACACUGGAGACAGAAUUGACAAAUCGCCGUAUAGCUGAACCGAUGUCACUUCGUGUCUUGGAUAAGGCAUCAGUGCCAAUUAUAAAGUUAACAGAUCGCGAGAGUCAAGUAAAAGUGGAUAUAUCGUUCAAUAUGCAAAGUGGUGUUCAAUCGGCCGAAUUGAUAAAGAGCUACAAACGCAAAUAUCCAGUACUGUCAAAACUUGUGCUUGUCCUCAAGCAAUUCCUCCUGCAGCGUGAUCUCAAUGAAGUGUUCACAGGGGGUAUAUCGUCAUACUCACUGAUACUCAUGUGCAUCAGUUUCCUACAGCUCCAUCCGCGUCAGAAUAUUCGGGAAAAGGCAAAUUUGGGUGUUUUGCUGUUAGAAUUUCUCGAGUUGUAUGGACGAAAGUUCAAUUAUAUGAAGACUGGGAUUAGUAUUAAGAAUGGGGGCCGAUAUAUUCCCAAAGAGGAACUGCAGAAGGAAAUGGUAGAUGGACAUAGGCCCAGUUUACUCUGUAUUGAAGAUCCUCUGACAGCUGGUAAUGACAUUGGCCGAUCUUCAUAUGGUGCUCUUCAGGUGAAACAGGCCUUUGAAUAUGCCUACAUUGUUCUGGCACAGGCUGUCUCACCGCUCAACACUGAACUCAAUGAUUGCUCACGGAAUAGCAUCCUGGGCAGGAUAAUACGGGUGACGGAUGAAGUAGUGGACUAUCGGGAUUGGGUGUUGAAGACCUUUGAGACACGUCUAAUUGUGUCUCAGCCAUCGUCACCGUCGUUGCAGCAGCAACAGCAGAAUUUGGCUAGGAGAAGAGGAAGUACCUCUAGCCUGGAUACAUCGGAAGAGAGUAUGGAUAGCGAUGGUGAUUCCAAUUCAGCCUCACGCGAUGUUUCACCAACUUCCACCACUCAUACGACCACUGAUGGCAAUUUUCAUCAUAUUCCGGUGCCGCAUCAACAGCAGUAUCUGGUGCAGCAGCCAGUGGUGCAGACUUCCACAAAUCCUGCCACCAUUGUCCUUGAGGAUGCCCUUGAGGCAACAUCGGCGAAUCUCAUUGCGAGACAACAAAUUAUCGUACCUGCCCCAUAUCAUCCGCAUGUCCAUCAGCAUCCUCAGAUGCAUUCUCAAAGGACGACACAGCAGCAGACGCAAUCCACCCAAAACAAUGGGAUUAUUAUGGAGGAGAUGCUGAAUGUGAGGAGCAGUGUAUCGCCCAAUCAGCCAAGUAUGCCAGUUGUGCUGCCGGUGACGAUGGUGCAACCAGUGACGUAUCCACAGCAACACUUUCAGCAGCAACUUCACUACAUUAACAGUCGGCUGUCGGCGGGAGGUCGAGGAGGAGAGAUGUCGUCGCAGCAGCAGGGUCAGGGCCAGCCACAGGGGCAGAUGCAGAUUUCGGUUGGCAAUGCUACCAGUGGCCGACAGGUCUCGAAGCCGCGUCGCAACAGCAUCCUUACGCGAGCUGUCGCCGAAGCGGCUGCUUCAACGUCCAUGGCCAAGACUGGAUUCGAAUUUGUUGCAGUCGAGAACGACUCUUCGUCGAGCGGUGGGACGUAUGGCGAUAAAUCCGGUGGCAGUAGCAAUGGGAGCCAGAAGGACAUCCACCACCAGACGCAGAUGAUGCACCACAAAGGUGGAACGGUUCAACGGAAAAAUCCUAAGCGAAAGAAGAUGCCGGGCGAGAAGAAGAAUGAACGUGGCUGUAGCAGUAGUGCCAGCAGCAGCAGCAGUAGCCAUCAGAGUGCCAAGGAGUCACCAAUUGUGAGCCGAUGAUGGAGAUCGCAACACGACGGUGAGCAGAGAAGGGAAAAGAAGGCCGACCAUGAGUAUGAUUUGAUGAUGAAGUGGCCCGGAGAUAAGCACUAUGUGGGAAUUGUCUGAUGCAUGGACCAAUCCUCGACUAAAAUAUCUCCACUUUUUCUGUUUUUGCUGUCGUGCUUGCGAUUACCGGAAGUAUCAAUUUUUUUUUCUUGUUAACUUUAAAAAUACUGCUGCCUUUUUUUCUCCUUGAAAAAAGAAAAAAGAAAAGAAAAGGAAAAACGGAGCAAUAUUAUUGGCACAAAUGGCUGAGAUGAAGAUGCAGGUAUGUGAAAUCUUCUUUAAAACUAAUAUAAUUGAUAAUUUUGGAGGGGGAGGGGGAGAAGAAAUGUGAAAAAAAGAAAACCCAAUUACCAUUGGAAAUGAAUUGAUGGAAGAAAAAGGCUUACGAUGUAAGGACUCCUACUUUUUUUUAUUUGGGACAAGCUUAAGGACUUAGUAAUACCACUGAUUGUAAAUGGGAAAAGUUUCCUUUUUUUUCUUCAGAUGCAAUCGAGUUGUGUGUAAAAGUUAGAAUUAAUUCAUAACUUAUUGAUAUAACUGUGUUCUUAGGAGAUAAAAAAAAAACAAAAAAUGAGAAUGAAAAGUCAGAUUGAACAAAGAGACGAGGGAAUUAUUGUGAAGAGUUUAAAAGAAACGCACGAAAGGGAAUAAUGUAAAGUUUCGUAUUAGAAUUAUCUUUUUUUUAAUAGCUAUAGAAAUCGUAUUUACCAAUAUUUUAUCACAAAUACUUGAAGCUUCCACCAUAAUUCAUCAAAAAAACAAAAAGAAAAACUUACAAUUCACCAAGACAUUUUUCUCAAAGAAUUUUUCAAAUAGUGCGCCAUAGAAUCUUAUUUUUAUUUGCAUAAUUUUUAAGGAUAUAAUAUUUCUUAUUAAAAAAAAAUCAUUUUUUUAUUUUUUACGGGUUCUUACUGAAAAGAAAAUCAAUUAGAGAAAGAUUUUAAAGUGGAGCAUGUCUUGCAAAAAUAAAAGAGAAAUGCAAACUAUAGAAAGCAAAAUAAAAAAAAAGAACAAGACAAUGAAAGCAAAACAAUCAUUUAAUCAAUAAGGUAACAGAGUUAUAGAAUGUUUAAGGAAAAGCCAGAAUUUGAUGAAGGAAAACAAAAACUGAUUUAAUAAUUUUUUUUAGAGAUAUCCGGGAAUCGUGAGAUUUUAAUUUAUCCGCUAAGUGUUGCAUAAUUUUCUAUUUAGAUGGGAAAAAAAUAAUUUUUUUUCUGUACUAAGACUCCAAUAUGAAUUUAGCUAUUUUUUUUUGCUGUAAGUGUUUCUAAAACAAAGUUUUUUUUUCUUUUAAAAUAUCAUGAGUCAUGUGGGAAAUUCUAUUGAAAGACGUGUUGAUUAAAUAUCAAAAGUAUCAAAAGUAAAAGUUCUAAAAAAACAAAAAAAUGAAGAAUGAAAACGCUAAGCAAAUAAAUUUAAAAAUGAGAAAUACAAAAAAAACAUUUUAAAAAGAUAUACUGCAAGGAUAUAAUUAAAAAAAAACAUAGAGUACAGAUGAAAGUAAUAAAAUAAUCAUUAGAUAGUAAUAAAACGAAAGAUAGAAGUUAAUUUUAGAGAUGAAAUGUAAUAUUCAAGUCAUUUUUCAGUACAAAGAAAUAUUUAUUGUAAAAAAAAGGAUUGAAAAAAAGUGUAAAUAAAGAGUCGGAAAACGGCAGUAUUGCCAAAAGAAAA